UUUUAACCAAUGGUAUUCCCCGUUCUUACAAUCUGGUUAGCCAAUCACAGCGCGCAUACUGCGUGAUGCGUACCUGGAUUUUGCAGGGGUCAAAUAAGUAGUUGACCUCUCAUUCUCCCCCUUUUGCAGUGGUACGUGCGUGGCUAUCGUUUUUUUGUGCGGGGAAUUCAACAAUCUUAUUUUAUUUCAAAGACAGAUAAGAACUACUUCAAAUGUCCGCCAAACCGAAUUGAUGGUUCCAACUGAGUUCCAGCUCGUUGUGCAACAUGCCAUUCACCAAGAAUGGUUUUUCAGAUACUACUCUUUCAUCGCCGCUUCGUGCUCCGACAACUGAGAUCUCCUUUUACUCACCCGUGAGGGAGCCCUUCAAGUGGUCCCACAAAAAAUUCAACCGUCACCAACAAAGAGCAACGUGCAGUGCCCCCUGUCAGCAAGUUCCAAGGCCACUGCGUGCAGCAGCAGAGCCGGUCAAAACUCAAGGGCCUUCGUUGACUCUCCGGCCCCACGAAGGUUCUCCGGGGAAGGAGGAGAAAAAGAAGAAGCGUCGGGAAUCGGACGCAAAGUGGAGGUCCAAUCUCUCUUGUUGCUUCAAUCAUUUAAAGAAUAAAGUUCUGCCCACAAGAAGCUGUCAAAAAACACGAGUUUCAAAGGAGGUGAUAGUUCAGAAGACGGUGGAGAGAGUUGAGUACCUGGAGUCUGUCGUGAUGCUGUUAAAUCAGGCCAUUCAAAGUGGUAAAAAUGAAAGUGUAUCCCCGACAAAAGGUCAACAGAAUCUGCAAAUGGCACGGAAAGAGUUUACUUACAAGUAUCACUUCAAGAGGAAUAAAGACUACGAAGAUUCGGACCUGGAAACUACAGUGACUCCCAAACCGUCAAAGAAGACCAGCUCCAAACCCAAGAAAGUUGCAGUUAAAAAACCAGGGAAGUCACCAGGUCGAGCAGUUGUUUCAGCCCGUCAAAGAAAGUGUGAUCAGUUAGUUCCCUCCUCUGGAAAAGCCAAGGCAACCAUGGCAACUGGAAUGAACAACAAGAAGGAGAAAGGUCAAACAGUUCCGUCCGUACCUCAUGUUACAACCAGUAGUGCUCAGUGUCCUGAACCAACGAGGUCUCUCAUUUGCAACGAGCAAGAUCUCUCGGACAAAGGGAACCACACCCCUUUACAGUCUCCUGUUACGCCCAGUAAGCUCACCCCUCGAAAAGUCAGCAUUCCUUUGAAUCUUGGGAUCUACUCGCAAUCACCACAUCUGCUGACACCCAUUAAACCCUACCCCUCAAGCCCUGCCUGGAGCCCAAUUAUAGGGGCAAUCUGGAGCCUGUCCCAGGAGGACCCUAACUCACCCUACUCACGCCCGUUUACCUCCACUCUCGUCGGGACUCCGUCAAAACGGUACCAGAUUGUUGGUGGGACAAUCAAGAGCUUAGAUCAAGGUGAGCAAAGAGGAUGGGACACUUCCUCCCAAGAUCUUGACUCAUGUCUUGAUGGAAGAGACGGUGACGGGAAAGUAACUCCAGACUUAAUGUGUGAGGAGGAAAUACCGCCCGCUCAAGAAGAAGAACGAUCCCAGAAGUCCAAUACCUACCUCACCCCACGCUCGUCUCGGGCUGUCGCCUCCUCCUCAAAGCCUCCUGGUAUCCCCCCGAAGAAGCGCGCCUCCAACUGGUCCGCUCGUUUUAUAAACGACAUGCGACUCUCCCAGGAGGGAGAGUUGUUGCAGUCGAAGAGCAACCGAUGUAAGAGGCUUAUCUUUGAGGGCGGGGAGGAGGAGAGGAUGACAAGGGAACCUCCAGAGAAGAAACCAAAGGUAUUAAAAGAGACAAGAAAGAAAUAUCAUAAGAGAUCGACGGCCGCCCGGAUCAGACCCUGGGAUCCUCAGGACGGCAAGGUUCUCAGCCCUCUAUAUGGAGUCAGCAGGAAGUUUACCCAGAAGAGUCCAAAGAGGUGUCAAUCUCCACCCAGUGGACCCUCCCGACAACCUAGGCGUACGACCAAAGCACCCAGUCAGCCCUCCAAAGCGCCUAAUCCACCCUCAAAAAUAAUACCCUCUAAUAAAGCACCCACUCAGCAGCUCCCUGCCGCCCAGAAUCAAGGUUCAUUCUGGACGCCCACUACUACUCCUAGGGGGGAAAGCGUCGACCUCAUACUGGGUGUCGAUAAACCCAAUUUGGCGACCCGGGACCAGCCAAGAGGGUUGGUGACACGAGACACCCAGACGAGACCUGACCCCGAUGAGGAAGGUUUCCUUGAUGUUGAAAGUGUUAUUAACCCAGUCAGACGGCUUAGAGAUAGUACAAGCAUGACUACUCCAGAUGCUGCAACGUUUCAAGGCGCCCCGACCUCCACAGACCCUGACACGGAAAGCAGCCAAGGUAGUCUUCUACUCCAGGAGAUACCACACCUACCAGAUGAUAUUAUAGCACCAUUACUGCUGUAUGGGGAGACUAGCGACUGCUUCCUGCAAGAUAAAGAUGUCGAGGAAACAUUGCAACGAAGUCAACCGACUCCAGUCAACCUCAACCUGAGUAAAUCUGACGAUGAGAUUGUCCUUACCAUCUUGGAGCUUGAAGAAGAGUCUUGUUCUAGCUCCAGCACCUCACGCAGCUCACCGGAGUGCUCCGGAAACAACACCUUCAAGGUCCUGGAAGUCAUGUCUCCGAAUCCGGACGUCUAUCAACUCCAGGAGUUCCUGCAGCAGGAAGCCUUCCUGGAAGGCCUUCAACUGAGUGGAGAUGAGACAGGCAGCCCAAGUCGCCGUACAUCUGUGAUAAUCAGCCCUGUUAAAGUUUCCAGCCUCAGUGUGUACAAGAGUCCGGAGAAGGCAUCCUAUUUCUUGCUCAGCCCAGUAAAGAGUAAGCCAGAUGAUGAGGCCUUGCCGAAGGGUGAUGUUUGCUACAGAGGUCGUCUUGAUGAAGGCGAGGGUUUGACGAUAACGGAAUCAUUUGCCCGUUUUGCCUCAAGUGCCCUGAGAAACCACUCUACUGUCCCACUAGGUCGCUAUCAGCUACCAGAGACUGAUGUUGAAUCUACAGAUCGAACUUCCGAUGGAGAGAAGGUGUACAGCAAAGGAGCCACGCAGGCACUCUUGAACGGUCAAGUCGUCAGCAAAACCAAAGUCCACCCGAUGUUCAGUCUCACCCGACCUCAGAGAACACUCAUCUGCAUCGACUCUGGCACGCCGACCAAAAACCCGUCCACAUUGGAGUAUUCAAUGCCUUUGGUCGACAGGAACCCAGAAGGUAGUGCUGGAGUAUAUCCCACUUCUGACACCGCUGCAACAACAGCAUCCCACAUUAGCUCUCCAUCGUAUAUGUCUCCCUUGUCGACAAUAACACCCUCUACACCUUCAGCAUCCCCGAGUCUUGGCCAUUUGUCUCAAGACACGCUAGAUGCUUCAUAUUCACAAGAAAUGCCAAAUGAUCAUUAUAGCAUGUCUCAGCAGACUUCUUCCAUCGGCAGCAAGGAUCUCGACGAGUGGGACUUCGCCGAUCAUCCUCCCAUCCAGCUAGAAGCGGAGGAAGAGUCUCUGGAUAGUCUGAUGGAUGAUGAAUUCCUAGGGGGGUACUAUAAUAGCUACAGAGACGUCAGGAACAGGGAAGUAGACGGGUACAGAGAAGGGGAUGAUGGAGGGGUCGGCGCUAUGGAGGUGCCCAUUUGGAUCGAGAGCACAAAUGUCGCAAGUCAGUCCUCCGAAACUUCAUCGUCUUGUUACCUAGCAACCAAUAACAGCUCGGACACUAUUUCGACGGCGGAUAGUCUGCAAGGUGAAAACCAGGUGGUACCCAGCAUCAUGUGCAAUGAAGCUGAUAGCACUAUGGAGCCCAUGGGAACGACAGGGAACCGGUCUGAGUUCGAGGCACGGGGACUGCAGUAUGUCAGUGGAGGAUCACCAGACAAAGCCCUGCAAAUAUUUCAGCAAUGGUUGAUCAAUAAUUGAUGAUCAAAGUACCACAGGAGCGAAAGGAGCUAUUGUUCUUGUAAGCAAAGAAUGGUGAUCGUCUUGAUAUUCUUAAUUCUUGCCUGUUUAAAGGCAUUGGACACUAUUGGUAAUUACUCUAAAUAAUU